AUGUUCUAUGUUCAUUUAAACAAUGACUUGUUUGAUAAUGAUUAUUGGAGUUCAUAUAAGGUAAAAACGGCAAAUUACGCCGACAAUAUAAUUGAUGACGCUAUCGUCGGCAUCGUUAUCUGUAUUAUGGUAUGGAUAGCGUUCACACUCGCCAACAAGGUACUAUCGCAGGACCAAGACAGAGCCGAAAGGAUCAAACGCUUAGUCGUGUACUGGAUACUGGGAGUUUGUGUAUACUCAGUGGCAAAGUCGGCGUUGCUGAGUGAGGAGGUGUCCCUGCUGGUCACAAAACUGCUCGCUAAGGCUGAUCACACAAUUACUUACUACAAGUGGAAGCUGCGGUUCCUGAAACACAACUGGAUAAUGCGCAGGGCCAUUGCGCUCAAAAACAGGGUCGACAGGAGUAUAACCAACAUAUCGAACAGCGAAGACCUAGUCACCACCGUGUCUGAGUUUUUCAUUUUCCUGUUCCUCGUGCUGGUGCUUUUCAUCUUCUUCGUCAUCACAAAGUGCACGAACGACAGCAGGUCCCUGAUAGUGUUCAUCUUCAAGGACUUCCUGUUCAUCAUCAUCAUUUCAAGUAUGUUUUUGUUUUAUAGAAGACUGUUCACCCUCAACGCAUUCAAAUGGUCGCCAUUUAUGAACAAUAUUAUGUGGAAGGACUACGAGUUUUGA